GCAGCGGAGCUGCGAUUCGAGUGGCCGUGGGAGAACCUGAAGAGGCGAAACGAAAGUGGAACGUCUACCUUCUGAAGAGAUUUCGCUUAUCAGAACGCGUGGGCACUCGAGGGCUAAUUUUAAUCCCUUCUUGGAGACAAGACUCGCGAGGAAACUUUCAGAUCAACUGUGAUGAUCAACCAUCAUGGCGUGGCCGGCAGCGACGACCCUGACGAGUCUCCUGGUGCUGCUGCUUAUGACAUUCGCUGCCAGUAUCUCGUCCAGGAUCAUCGCCACCACCCAGGCGCCUUUCGGCAGAAUUCUGAAGGCUGUGAAGGUGCACGGAGGAUACAUGGAGGUGAUCCAAGAGCAGAGAUGCUCUCACGGAUUGCUCCGAUUGACGUGCAGAUCAUUGAAAGCAUUCAUCUUUAUUCUGGAGGCGGAAUACCAUGCGAAUCAUACGGAAUUCUGCCAAAAAGAUUCAAAAAGUUUCGAGCAACUCAAAAUGUGGAAGAACAAAGGUAGCACACGACGGUGGACAAAUAUGAAAGAGCUCAAAGGAAAUUAUAUUUUCGAUGACGAAGACGACCAGGGAGACAUCGUCGAUAUCAGAUCAUCUUUGAAUAAAAGAUGCUCCGGCCAGAAACAUUGUCGCUACAAUGCGACCAUCGAUCAUCCAGGAGCGCAUUCUUGGAGUCCAGGUGGAAUCUCAUUAAAAUACGCUUGCAUACCAGAAGCUGCGGUUAGACGAUACUGCAAUCAAGAGGUGAAGGUGAUCGGGGAAGGCGGUUACAUCAACACUCCAGGUUACCCACUAUAUUACAUCGGAGAAACGUGCGGGUGGACCUUCAGAACGUUUCCGGGUCAGAGGAUAAUUCUGACCUUUUACGACUUGGAUAUCCGUGCUCCAGACGCGGAUGGGAAUUGCGUGGACAUCGUGAGAGUGCGGGACCACGGCAGAACUCUCUUCGAGUUCUGCGGCACCGCCGCGGGUACUCGAGUCGUGUCCAACUCGAACGUGUUGACCCUCGACUUCGUCGCUUCGGAGAGAUUUUACAACGCCCGAGGCUUUCUGCUGCAGUACCAAGUGCUGGGCUGUCCGGAGAUCUCGGCGCCGAACGGAAGUUACGUGUCGAACGGUACAUUGACUUCGCGGACAUUCCUAUGCAAGUCGGGCAGCGUGUUUCCCGACAGCAGGGAGAGAAAAAGGACGCUCGAGUGUAGGAAUGGCAAAUGGAACGAGACUACCAAGUUACCUGGUUGCGUAGCCACGUCAGCGGUGAUUGUGAAAACAGAGAACGAGCACCAUCAUCUAGCGAGCCUGUCCGGGGACAAUAUCCUUGGGACGGGGGUGAGAAUAGGACGCGGCGAGGACGCAGUCGCGAGUGGUAGCAUCAACCCCGUUAUGGAUUCGGCGCAAUCGGCCAUGAUGAAGCAAGCCGACUACGUCGUAGACAUUGUGCUGCCAACAGUCCUAAUAGCUUUGCUAUUCAUCGGCAAUGCGAUCAUCGUUUAUAUCAUCUUCCAGUUUAGAAAGAGAAAACUUUCGGCCACGACACAUGUUGAAGAGAUGGCCCUUCGAGGUCCCACCGAUGUGCCCAAUGUGUGAUGUCAGGGGCCCAGGCUGAUUGCGCAUAUGACCACUGGUAUUGACGAGAAGUCACCAACGUCUAUGUGGAUGCCUGAAGCCAUCACGAAGAUGCCACAGAAUCGAUCUCUGAAGGAUUCCAAAGUUCUCACGAUGAUCCUGCGCAAUUAGCUAGAAAGAUACGCCGGAAGAAGCAAAGAAGACACAUCUUUUCGCAGCAUUCGAUGGCGAAGGUGCAUCUCACCGUGCAUACAGCACAGAAUGUGGCUGCAGCGAUUCCGAAAAAUCUUCCUCUUGUAUUAUCGUCCACAUCAUUCACUCGGGGAAAUUCGGAAUCGGACGAUGCUACGCUUAACACUAAGAAUGCGUGGAGAGUAUAACGGAAACUUUGCAUUUCUUUUUUUCUUCGUAUAUUUAUAGCGCUAAGCGAUUGAUUGCCAUAUUGCAUUAACAGCAAAUUCUUGAGCGUUUGCUGUAUUUGCUUAUUUCGAAAAGUGAUAUUUAAAAAUCGCUGCGCAUAACGUAAAAUACAUUGCUGAAAAAAGGCCCAGUGUUCCCACUGAAAACGUUUUAAAUAUAAAUGGACUAUAAGGGUUUCGAUAUCAUGCAACUCGUGAGCCUAUUAUGUCAUGACUUUACAUACGCAUAUUUACUCUGUAUUAUAAUGUAAGGAAAUAAUAUAUUCUAUACUUCGUCUAAGAUUGUAGAUAAGUAAAAUAAAUCAACGUUUUUGUAAUAACAUUGUC